UUUAUGCAGUUCUGGGUGGGGGAAGUGAAAGGAAGAGUGAGUUUAGGAAGUAAGUCAGGGUUUAAGAGCACGUGCACCAUCAGGAGAUAACCAUUUUUCUGCAGAUCAUCAGCCAGAGAACUGCUCACAGAGAGUGAAACCCUGGGAGGGAAGAACUUGGGGAGGACUCAAGACUCUUUGAAGCUAUUUAGGUUUGUAGGCAAAAUGAAGCCAAAUCUGGUGCAGGUCUUUUUCAUGCUGCUGCUGUUGCUGCUGGGCCUGGGGUUGGGCCUGGGCCUGGGGCUUCAGAUGGCUGCCGCAGUCCUGGAGGACAGUGAUCAGCCGCUGAACGAAUUUUGGUCCAGUGACUCACAGGAUGAAGCUAAAGCCCCUGAGAGAGAGGGUCCCCGAACCACAGAAACCCUGGUGCUUAGCAACAAAGGAGUGGUGCAACCUGUCUGGCCAGAAGAGACCAUGCUCGGUGAAGAUGAGGUUGGAGGAAACAAGAUGCUCAGAGCUGAGGCUCUCUCUCAGAGCAACAAAGACUAUCCUCGGCUUGACCUCACAGCUAGGGAAUGCAAUGCCAUGAUGGCACACAAGAUGAAGGCGCACAAUCAGACUUGCAGAAAUGAGUACACAUUCAUCCACGAGGAUCCAAAAACAGUCAAAGCUGUCUGUAACAGCCCUGUUGUUUCCUGUGAGCUCAAGGGGGGCAAAUGUCACAAAAGCUCCCGUCCUUUUGAUUUGACAUUCUGUAAGUUGUCCAAAGCAGGCCAAGUCACUCCUAACUGCAAUUACCUGACUUUCAUUAUGGAAAAGUUUGUUGUUAUAAGCUGUAAUGACAUGAAGGUCCAGUUAACACCUGGACAAUGAAGCAACCCAUCCUUUUUGUUUCUUCACCUACUCCUCUUCCUCUUCCUUUUCUACUUUCUCUUUCACAUGUUGAUCUCCUCUUAGGUAUGCUGAAGAGAAGGUUCUGGGAAGAGAGGAUGGGCUAUUCUUUGUCAUUCUCUCUUGAAAAUAUAAUUCUUCUUUGUCCUA